UAUAAAUUUACCGGGGUAAGAAAUGACAAUCAGCUGGGGAUUUGGGGGGCGCUGUAAGCCUCCUAAGAAAAAAUGUUAAAUUUUAGCCCUCUCACAACCAUUCUAAUUCUAUGCAAUUUUCGGAGGGAUUUUGGUUUGUUCAAUUUACGCUCUACCCACAGAGGUUUGUUCAAAGUAUACCUACAGGCCAGGUUUACAUUUACUGUCAGUAGAAUGAAUGAAUACCAGUGUUUGGAGAGAAAAUAAAUCGCUCAGAAAAAAACUACCAUGUUGCCCCAUGUUGGUUACGGCCAUGCUUACCAAACUAUUUGUCUAACCCGAGUAAUCUGUUUUUAAAGAACUCUGUUGAAAAUAACAAAUAUUUUCGAAGAGCAUGACGGUUAAUUAAAGCACGCAAUACUUAAUUAAGUUUAUUCGAACGAGCAGGUGGUACACCAGUGCCACAUGUGUGUAAUAUCUAGGGCAUUCUUAUGGUGUAUCAUUAUUACGACCUAAGGUUUUGUGCUUGUUAAACGAUUAACCGAAUGAAAGAAAUGUUCUAAAAAGUAAAAAUGGCAGCAAUGAAUGCUUCAGUUCAUCCUCUUAAAGUUAAGGACAAGUCCCAUCAUUCAGAAGGACUUUUAGCAGAUAUAAUACAUAAGUCUCCUGUUGUGAAGUCCUUUCUGGCCGGUUCCCUGAGUGGAAUGUUCUCAACUCUGCUGUUUCAACCAUUAGAUUUGGUGAAAACAAGACUACAGAACUCAGCACAUUCAAGUGUGACAAAGGUUGGCAUGUUGUCUGUAAUCACUCAAGUUGUGAGGAGGGAGAAACUAGUGGGCCUGUGGAGAGGGACUGUACCUGUAAGCAGAUCCAUUCAAUUUAUCCAGUUUUCACGUGUGUGUGUGUGUGCGCUAUAUUCUGAAUAUAUAUAUAUAUAUAUAUAUAUAAUACAAUGAGAGAGUUUAGCAUUUGGAAAAGACUAGCUGGCUUCCAGUUCAGAUAGUUUUUUCUUGCAAGGGUGAUUGGCUUAUAGAAUGAGUUGCCAUCAGUAAAAGUGAAGACCACACUUUACUGGAGAAUCAACAAUUAACACAGAAUGUGCGUUUACAUUUUACUCUUUUUUUCAAGAGUGGGUGUUUAAAGACAACCUUAAAGGACCAACUGAUUCCUUGUUGUAUGUAGGUAAUGUUAAAGAUUUAUUUAUUUCAAUGGUAGACAUGCUUUUCAGGCCCUGAUCUAUGAAGAAUGCACAGGGGCUGUAAACAACCUCUGCACAGGGGCUGUUAGUGGGCUGAUUCUCUAUCUCUUUUAUUCAUUUAGAUAUAGAUAUAUUCGUCUGGACAUAGUUCUGUUUAUUUAACAACAUAUACUUAUAACAUAGGUUCUAUUAAUGUGUCAAGAAACUUAAGUUUCAACACUGCCUAGUUUUGUUGCCUGUGAUUGAGGCCGUAUUGUGUGUUAUAAAUGUGAUUCUAGUUUUGAAAUUAAGAGAAUUCUGAAAUUAUUAGUGUAGAACAUUUAUCAAACUGCCUCUUUAUUGUAUCCAUUGAUUAUUUGUGAAAAGUGUUGAUACUUUUAACUAUCAGAGACUAGAAACAUUAUUAGGGGGAAAAAAAUCGCUUGUUAGUGUUUAGGAAUUGUAUCACUCGUAGGUCUCUACCUUGGACUAGUUGUUCCUAACAACAGUUGUAUUUUCAGUAUACAAUAUGUGCAGUUAGUUUGACUUUUACUGUUUCGUAAGGUUCUUAUUUAUUCCGAUUUUUUCAGUCGAUCGUACGCUGUGUUCCUGGAGUUGGUUUAUACUUUUCUUCACUGAACUGGUUGCAGAGGACUUUUAUGUGAGCACCCUUUGUUUUUGUUU